AAGGGAGGAGAAACAUUACAGAAGGGCUGAGGCCGAUGGGAGAAGGGAUGCUGAACCUGUGCCAGGCAGGAAGAAAGACUGGAAAGUGAGUGACAGCGUAGUGUGGCCGUCUAUUUCCUUUGUCAUUUUUUUCUUUUACUUUAUUCGAAUACUUAAGGUCCUUUAUGUCGCAGUGAAGAUGAGCUGUAUUCUUGUCUCACACAGGUUUCUUGAAAGAUGCCAUUUUUGUAGCUUCUAUUCUCUGCUGAAGGCUUGGAGCACAGAAGUUUGAGCACUAUUCCCAGCCAAGUGGAAUCUCAGAUGGAGGAGAUUCCAGUUGAGAGAAGAGGCAGCAAAGCCUACCAGAUCUUCCCUGAAGCCAACAUGAAUGACGACUCAGAUUCCAGCUCCUAUCCUGAAGGCUUUCUUUACAAGAGGGAGCGUCUUCCCUCUAUAGUUGUGGAGCCCACGGAGCACGGAGAGCCGGACAGCGGAGAUCCAUACCGGCCCCCUCGAUGCCUAAUGAACAACAAUGUAGAGGAGGAGGAGGAGGAGAGGGAGGACACCAAUGCUGAGCGCACAGACACCCCUGUGGAAGGGGAGCAGCAGGACGACAUGGGGGUGCAAGAAGGAUUGGUUGCACGGAAGUCUUCUAUUGGUCAACUCUCUCGGCUGACCCCACCUGCCUCCUCCACCCCCCCUGAUGCUGCCCCACCCUGCCUGAGGAGCUGAGCCAGACAACCAGUACAAACUGACAGCAAUGUGUCAUUUUUAUAAUGUGUAACCUCUGUAUGUUGGACUUUCCCAAUUAUAGAAAACCCCUUGGAAAGGUUAAGACAACUACACAUGUAAAUACAUUUUGAGGAAAUAAGGUCCACUUCAAAUAACUAAUACUAAGCUGAUUCCAGUACUGCUUUGGAUUGAUGUGUGUGUAACUGCUGCAGUUUGCUGCUAAUGUACAGUAUGGGAAACUGUGUGCUGAAGGUAACCUAAGAUUUUAGCACUAACCAUGAGGACUCUUUUCUUUGUGAUGCAAAUCUCAUUCCACAGCAAAUAAGCAUGUGAUGAAUGACUUUUAGGGCAAGUUUACUAAAUGUGAGCAUGAAAGGCCAGCCCAGACCCAACAGUUGUAGCGGCUUAAAGACUUAAGCAAGAUGGUCCCAAUGGGAAAGUUUAAGAGUGAGAAUAUCAACUCCUGAAUCCUCCAUGUUUGAACCAAGGUCGGAUCAGAAUGGGUUAUUA